UUGGUCGGAGAUCCACAGAGAGAAAACGAGAGGCAGAGGGGGAAAGAAAACCAGCGUCCGCCUUGGAUUCAGAUAUAUUUAUAUAUAUAUAUAUAUAUCUAUAUCUAUAUAAAAUACGUAUUCUUCUAAAAGAAAAUAAUAAUAAUAAAAAAACAAAAAAAAAAUAACGGGCAGACACAGGUAGAACCGAGGCCUCCAAAAACAGAUGGCUGCCACUCAGGAUGUGAAAGGGAAGGGAGAGGGAGGGGAUCAAAAUUUUGACUACAUGUUCAAGCUGCUGAUCAUUGGCAACAGCAGUGUGGGGAAAACGUCUUUCCUGUUCCGCUACGCCGACGACGCCUUCACCUCAGCUUUCGUCAGCACAGUGGGCAUCGACUUCAAAGUGAAGACUGUGUACAAGAACGACAAGAGGAUCAAAUUGCAGAUCUGGGACACAGCAGGCCAAGAACGCUAUAGGACCAUCACCACUGCCUACUACCGCGGAGCCAUGGGCUUCAUCCUCAUGUACGACAUCACCAACGAGGAAUCCUUUGGUGCUGUGCAGGACUGGUCAACCCAGAUAAAAACCUACUCAUGGGAUAAUGCACAGGUGGUGCUGGCUGGGAAUAAGUGUGACAUGGAAGAAGAGAGAGUCGUCUCAGUGGAUAGUGGCAGACUGCUGGCAGAACAGUUGGGUUUUGAGUUCUUUGAGACGAGCGCCAAAGACAACAUCAACGUGAAGCAGACCUUUGAGCGUCUUGUUGACCUAAUUUGCGACAAGAUGUCUGAGAGCUUGGACACUGAUCCGGCUGUCACCACGGGAGCCCCUACUGCCAAACUCACAGACAGCGCUCCGCCCCUCCAGCAGCCCGGCUGCAACUGUUAGUGAGCGAUGUCAGGGAGCAGAAGGAGAGCAACACAGGUCCCGUAAGGUGGUAGAGUGUGCAGAGUAUUCUUCUCCCUCAGCAUUAUCACUCCUGCUAUAGUGCUGCUUUUUCUGGACUACACUUCAAACCCCGUUAAGUCGUAGAAUUACAAAAAGCUGUUGUAUUAUCUCUUAACUUUAUCACCUUAUAUCAAGAGCUAAUAACCAGGAAAACAGACAUGGCUGUUGUAAAAUGUGUAACAUUACAGUAUAUCUUGAAUACACAGACACCAUAUUCUCAUUCUUUGGCUAGUUAGUGUGGUUACAAACUAAGUAUGUUUAAUAUGGUUGGAAAUAGUUCACACUGUACAUUUAAUCCUUAAGACCUUUAAAACCUAUAAUGAUAUAACAACAAUAAUAAUAAUAAUAAUAAUAAUAAUAAUACCUUGAAGGAUAGUCAGUGAGUGCUUUAAUAAGCCUUUUAUUUUUUACGUUUUUGUACAGUAUGUAUUUUCCUUUUAUAGGUUCGUUUCCUGAAGCUGCCAAAUCUAUGAUUUAGUGCACUAUAGGAUGUAGCGGCUUUCUUUUGUGUAAUGUGUGUUCGUGUGGCUGUUGUGUGACUGCACACUAAGUGAGUUUGCAUGAGUGUGAGUAUUACGUCUGAGUCAUAAAUGACUGCAACUUCGCCAUCUAAAAAUCAUCUACCUUGGAAAAAAGUGGCCUUUUAGCAUCUCCAAUACGGCCUCUGUAAGUCCCUCUGUCCUGCUUUACUGUUAGAAUGAAUUGAGUAUGUAUAAAGCUAACGUGAGUACUAGUCCACCCUUUGCUGUCUGUAGAUGUGAUUCCUCUAAGUAUAUCUAUUAAGUGUAUCUUAAGCAACCAUUUCCUUGUGCUUAGCCUCUGAGACGACCUUUUAUAGUUUUAGUUUGACGCAACGAGCAUGCUGCCAAAAACUCAAAAAAUGUUUGCUGUUUUAUUUUAAGAUAGGCCUUACCCAAACCUAACCAUCCUCAGCUCCAUAUGAGAGCAACGAUCCAGCAUUUCAUUAAAGGAAAAAUCACUUACUGUCAAAGCACAGCACAGUGUAUGAUACACAACAAAUGAUGAGCUCUGGCAUGGAAUAAACAGCCAUAUAUUAAAAAAUGUUAUAUAAUUUUUGACUCAGCAUGCUUAAAUUCGUGUUCGUACAAGAAAAUGAAGUCAUCCCCCUGCCCCCCCCCCCAAACACACACACACAAAAAAAGGAAAAAUCUCCACAGAUUGACAGUAAUGUAAAAAUUGAAGCUUCUCAUAGCAGGCAUAUACCGUACUUUUGUGUCUUAAUGUUAAUUCCAUGUAAUAGGAACGUUGUAGCUUGUUUUAAAAUCAAGAAAUUUUUCAGUUCUGUUAUAUUAGAAAAAAAAAAAAACAUUUGUGCCAAAACAUUACAGUUCUUUUAACAUUGUUGUUUGUUGCAUAGAUGAAUAAAAGCUCAAAAAAUUGCAUGAAGUCAGUCCUGACGUACCUGUGUAGAUUUCUAUGAUAAGAUACUGUAUAUAUCACGCUGUGUUACAGAUUUAGGAGCAUUGUCAUAGCAUUCGCUGUGAGAUGCAAUGGGCCAAUAAGUGCAAUAUUUUAUGAAUUAUACCCUGUACAUAGUUUUUCCUGUCCUCGAGUACAAUGACCCUAGCUGCCUCAUGUGAGUGACAGUAGGUCAGAAUAACUCGGAAACUCGAGGGUGUGCUUCAUUCAGUAACUGCAGCCACUGAAUGUGUGACUGUAAGUGUGUAUGUGUGUGUACCUGCCAUAUUGAAGAGACAAAUUACGUAAUAUAGUGUACUGUUUGUGUAUACCUUUUGUACAAAUGUAUUCACAUACUAUAUGCUGUUCCUGCUAACUGUUGGAUGUUGACUGAACUCGUAUUAUCAUGUCAAAAUGCAGUGUUGUUGUGAAAGAUAGUCAGGGAGAUAACUUAGUCCAUGACAUAUGCCAUACUGUUUUAUUAAUGCCAAGAAUAGGAAUACACAUAAACUAGUUCAAAGCGCCUAUGUGUACACAUCUGUGUAUGUGUGUGAUAUUAUAAUUUGAAGCCAGUAGCCAUGAAUAAAUUAUUGUAAUGAUCAGUUCAGAUUUAUUUUACAGAGGGAUGGUUAGCAUCAGCCAAACAGUCACUCUAGUAAAAUCUCAUUUUAAAACACUAUGUCUUUACAUAUAACUGAAUAUAUUUAUUUGUUGGAGUGCAAGCAAACCAAGAAGUAUGUUUUUGAGAUUAUAGGAAAUAAAUCAAAUUCUAUCUG